GGUUUUAGCGAGAAACAAACGAAACCAAAUCCGACUCCUCAAGUUCGUCGAUCGCGAGCCGGAUGCAGCAUCGCGAGUCGAAAAGACAAAAGGCAUCCGAUCGGCCGAAAUAUAAAAAUAAAAAAAAAAUGCAGGCACAAGGAGAUGAGCGUACAUCCGUUCGGUCUAUCGCUCGGCAAAGGUUGACCAAGGCCGCGCAUCGCGAAAAGAAUGGAGGGCAGUGGUCAUAGGCGUAGGUGCACCGCACGCAUCGUCAUCGGCAGCCGCAGCAGCCCCGUUUCUCCUACGUCUCUACUGCAACGCACAGCUCGUCUGCUGGCGAUUCUCCGUACGCCACGGGCGUUGCAUGCGCCGAAGGUUAGUCGGCGAUGAGCGGCCGAGUGGCAAGCAGCACUCGUCAACCCUCGUAUCGCCGUUCGUUCCUUCACGAGAGUGCGCCGUCCUGGACCGAUGAUGCUGCUACGAGUGCGAGCGCAGCAGUGAGAUAACAAUUAUCAAAUCGCAAGGAUGACGGAGACAUUGGACAAGAAGAAAGCUGAAGGUGGCGAGUCGUGCGUCGACAAUCCUCCAAAGAUUGAGACGUUCGACGACAUUCUCCCACACAUUGGCGAAGCUGGACGUUACCAAUGGUUUUUAUUCUUCCUCCUUUUACCUUUCACCAUUGUCUACGCCUUCCUCUACUUCGCUCAAUUCUUCAUCACCCUUAUACCUGAGGAAUAUUGGUGCAGAGUGCCGGAAUUUGAAAAUUCAACUCUCACGGAUUGGGAAAAAAUACAUUUGUCAGUGCCAGACAGACCGUAUAUAGAGACAGAAACUAACUUGACCUAUUCACGAUGUACAAUGUACAUCACGAAUUACACGAAGGUGCUACUAACAGGCCAAAAACCUGGACCAGACACGCCGAUCGCUAAAUGCCAGUCUGGUUGGUCAUUCAAUCAGUCUAAUGUGCCUUACCUGUCCAUCGCUGCUGAGUUGGAGUGGGUAUGCGAUCAAGCAUAUUUAGGCAGCGCAGCGCAGUCAGCUUUCUUCGUCGGUAGCAUCGUGGGUGGUUUAAUCUUUGGUUACAUCGCCGAUCAUUACGGAAGAUUACCAGCGCUUGUCGCCUGCAACGGAGUCGGAUUUUUCGCCUCGAUCGCCACGGCGUUUUGCAAUAGUUUCUGGACGUUCGCAGCAGCCCGAUUCGUCGUCGGAACUUCUUUCGACAAUUGCUUCAACAUUAUCUUCAUCAUCGUUAUCGAGUACGUGGGACCGAAGUACAGAACGCUCAUGGCGAACAUGUCCUUCGGCAUAUACUUCGCAUUCGCCUCAAGUAUAUUGCCCUGGAUCGCCUACUGGGUAUCAAACUGGAAGAUACUCAGCGCGGUCGCUGCGCUGCCGCUCGUUGUCGCCUUCGUCACGCCCUGGAUCGUUCCUGAAAGUGCAAGAUGGUACAUACAAAACGGCAAGGUGGACAAGGCGAUCGAGAUGUUGAAGAAGUUCGAGAAAGUCAACAGGAAGAGCGUGGCGCCGCAGGUCUACGAGGAAUUCGAGAAGAGCUGCAACACCAUGAUCAAGAACGACAAGUCGAACAACAACUACACGGUGCUCGACCUGUUCAAACUGCCUAGGCUCGGACGCAUCACCGUUGUCCUAGUCAUUUACUGGCUGCUGAUGGUAUUGGUAUUCGACGGUCACGUUUGGAACAUGAAGCUCUUGCACCCAGACGUCUUUACCUCGUUCUCAUUGGCCUCGAUCACGGAGCUGCCGGCUGCCAUCCUCUUAGCUCUAUUCCUCGACAGAUGGGGCAGACGUUGGAUGGGUUUCUUCUCUAUGCUUAUUUGCGGCAUCUUCUCUUACAUCGCCAUAGCGAUGCCUAUUGGCGCACCUGCAAUGACGAUGGCUAUAUUAGCUCGUCUAGGCGUCAACAUCUCGGCGAAUAUCGGUUUUCAGUACGCGGCUGAAAUGCUGCCGACUGUCGUGAGAGCACAAGGCGUCUCGCUCAUCCAUAUUAUCGGAUAUUUCGCUCACAUUAUUGGACCAUACGUCGUCUAUUUGGCGAAUUUCCACAAGUCGCUGCCACUGAUAGUCUUGGGCACUUUGUCGCUUAUCGAUGCCGCGCUCACGCUGACACUGCCCGAGACGAUGGACCAGGAGCUGCCGGAAUCACUUGAGGAAGGCAACGAUUUCGGCAGACAGCAGAGCUUCUGGUGGUUCCCUUGCAUCAAGAGAUCGCCAGAGAAGAAAAAAAAGUACCGAAAAACACUGGCAGGCGCGACGAACGCAGGUUUCAAUCCAGGCAGUCUUCAAAGGAUCGAAUCGACGAGAUUAUAACAAAUCCCAACCAGAUAGACGUGGAAAAAAGUGCCGAGGACUGCGUUAUAAAUAAAGAAAAGUUCUGCUCUCUCUGUGCCAAGUGUGGGAAAGUGCGCGUUGCAUAACGAAAGGAUUCUUUUUUUUUUUUUUCAUUGCUCUGCAACACGGAAGGACCAUCUGUUUGUACGCAUUUCGCGCUGAGGUUCGAAAGACAAAGAGCGUUUUAGUGAACUAUUUUAGUGAUUUUGUUCGCUGCAGAAAGUCGAGUGCAACGAAGUAUUUUUCUGUUUCAAAGUGCUGUUUAUCUUUUUCAUUUUGUUUUAGUUAUUUUCUUACUUUGCGGGUGUGUUUGUUGAAUGGAAAAGACUGAACUCAACUGAAUUGACGACGAACAUUCCCGAGUGUGCCAAAUUGUAUUGUCGCAAGCAGCUUUUUUUAAUAUCAAUACUUGCGUCUAGUACGUUGAAUCGUAUGAGUAGAGAGACCCAUGAGUUUUUUUUAAUCUUUUUUCUCCUGCAUAGUUCUAAUUCAUUAUUUCGCGUACUUAUGGGGCUGCAAUAUGCCAUCACGUGACGCUCGAACAUUAUUUUUUAGGCGGCUUGAAUAUGACCGACAAUACGCCUUGGAUCAUAUACAUAUUUUAGUUUUUUAUGCUUUUUAUAAAGACGAGAUGUCUGAAUUUUACUUUUUUUUCUACGCACACAAGAAAACGUAAUAGACGAUGAAUAAUAAUGUCACUUGUUACGAUUUUUAAUUGUACAUUUAGUUCUUAUUUCGAAUGACGCGUAAAUAUUGAAGCUCGUAACGAAGUGCAAUCGAUCGGAAUCGGUUCCUGAUGGAAUGACGACUAUGAGUGUUAUAUGUUCAUAGACGUAAUUUUGCAUAUAAGUAUAAUCGAUACUGACAAUGUAUUUGUAAUGAAAUUUUGUAUGGUAAUUAUAAACGAAUUGUAUUUUUCACGUUCAGUAUGUGCCGUUGAAUAUUAUGAGAUUUGUUUCAUGCAAUAAUUUGUUUUUAGUAUUAAUGAUUAAUAUUAUCAAGAUGAUGUUGAUACCACUAUGUUAAGAUUAAUAAUAACGUUAUAUGAUAAUCGAAACACAAUUGUAGUUCUUUGUUAUAUUAUUUAUCACUAUUUGUUAUUUGUCACUAUUACUCACAAUUUUAUUAGCGAUGAUGCUAAGAGACGCCUCAUUUCAUUUUAUUGGACCAAAAAUCUUUUAAUUCGACAGUUGUGUCAAUUUGAGGACGUGACGUAGUAUAGUGCAACGUCAUUAUCAAUAGAAGCACACUUGCACGAUAACAAAAGUUAAAAAAAAGAGACUUGUUUAGUUUUCUUUAUUUAACUUUUUUAAUAAAAGUAUUUCCUUGCAUAUGGAGUCGCUUAGCUUUGAGAUGAUAAUGACAGUUCGAAAUACCGAGUUGUCGCAGACACUUUUCAGACUAUGUAGCUUUGCAGGCUCGUUUCUGACAUACAUACUUAAUUUUAACAGAUGUGCGAACUAAAAAUAUCCUCGAUAAGUUAUUAACAUUCCGCUUAAAAAACAUUCCACAAUUUCAAAUGUUGAGGUAUUCUCAGAUCACUUUGUCUUGCGAUUGUCUAAUUUUUGAAAACAGAUGCGAUUGAGAAAACAACACGAACUGAAAGCAGACAAUCUAUUGUUACUAACAGAAACACGAUGUAGGUGACUCAUCGUAUUCUUAUGAGUACUUCGUAAACACUGAAUUUUACAAUUGCAAAAGCAACACGGGAUCUUAUCAGUAACUUUUCGCAAUAAUGAAAAAU